GGGAUUAAUCGAGGCUUCGCCUUCUCCCCUCUCCCCUCGCCUUAAAAGGCCGCGAGAGAGCCCGGCGGUGGCUUUCGGCGUCUCUCGCGGAGGAGACGAGAGAGAGAAAGAGAGAGAGAGAGAGAGAGAGAGAGAGAGAGAGAGCGUGCGCGAUCGCGAGAGGGGCAAAGAGGAAAGAAGAGGUAAGAGAGGCGAGGAAGCGCCUCUCAUCUCUCUUAUAUUUAUAUCUUUUACGCUCUCUCUCUCAUGCCUUUGUGUGCGUCUCCUCCGCCUUCUUCCCUCCGCCGCCGCUGGGCCCCGGCCGGAUGUGAGUAAAUAUUAGUUUUUUUUCUCUCAAUUGGCCGAUCCGGAGGGCGAUCAAGGGAGAGAUCGCGAGAUCUGGUGUUUUGACGUGAUCUGCAAGAGAGAUCCGGCGAUCAGGGGUCUUUCGGAUUCGAUCUGGAGAUCUGUGGUGAGAUCCGGCGAGCCGAAGCCUUUCCGGCGAGAAAUAUUCGAUAAUGUGCUCUAUCAUCUAUGCUUCGGCAAUGUUGAAGCCUCAAAGAAUCCAAAGCCCAAACAGAUUGGGUAAUGCCUGUUGUUGGUCAUAAUUCACAUUAAACAUGGCUGGUGGAUGUCUAGAGCCAUUAUGGAAAAUUGAUAUGCUUGGCAAUUGGUCAUGUAUGACACUGGAUGUACAUAGCCUAUUCCUAUCAAUGGAGACAGUUGUGAUGGAGCACUGCCCAAUGACAGUUAAUACCAUGGGCCAAGUGUACCCCGAAUGCAUAUCAGAUAGGAAGUCAAGGUUUUGGCAAAUUGAUAACCAAACAAUUCCUAGAGCAGAACUCAUCUGUCCUCAACCUCGCCAUGCCACUAGGGUCCCUUGUUUCAUGGAUAACAUCAACAGAAUCAGCCCCAAACCAAAGAGCAUUUUGCCCAUGUAUAGAGGGGAUUGUGGUCCUGAGAUCCUUGAUAUUAUCCUGAACAAGGAUGAUCUUGAAGGUGAUUUAGACAUGAGCAACCAAACAGGCUUCUUCUGUGGCUCGCCACCCGUACGCACUAACAACCCAGUUAUCCAUGAUGCGCAGUUUGCUAAACAAACUCAAAACUUACCCUCUCCUUUAGGAAACUCUUUUGGGAUGAAACCAGCUGGGAGAGUCGAAAGAGGCUCCCCAUCCUGUGGGUCAUCAUUUGGAGGGAGCCCCAAAGUAAGAAUUGAGGGUUUUGCCUGUGGCAACUCUGAGUCCCACUGCAUAGUCCCUGCUCUCGCUUGACACAUCACAAAUCUAACCAACUCUUCUGCCAUGCCGCUGUAAAUUUUUUCCAUAGUAGACGGGCCUUUUUGUGAAAGGUCCUGUUGAAUCCUUGAUCAGCCACCCUAGAAAUGCCUGUUUAAAGAAGAGAGUAUUGUCCUGUAAAUAUCUUAGGUUAUCAUGUAUCUAGAAUUUCUGUACGAAUGAGUCUAGUGCCUGAGGUUUGUUGGAGUGGAGGCUGGAUUCAGUUGGAUUCAGACGUAAAAGUGUAAAUAGACCUUUUCUGUAUGAACUGCUAGUUUUAAACCGAUCAGUGGAAACUGCUACUAUGUUCUCAUCUUGCCAUUUGAUA